AUGAACGGGAUCUCUGUGGAUAUCAAUCACUUGAAGAAAGGUGAAGUCAACCUUGGUACAUCUAUUAUGGCUGUUAAGUUCAAGGAUGGUGUGAUAUUAGGUGCUGAUUCGUAUGUUCUUAUAUUGCAAAUCGGUAAGUUAAAUUUUAUUAAUUCCAAACAAUUGAUGGUCAACCAACUAACAACCAUUCCCAGUGUCACAGAUAAAUUAACUCAAAUCAAUGAUAAGAUUUGGUGUUGUAGAUCAGGUUCUGCAGCAGAUACUCAAGCAGUUGCAGAUAUUGUUAAAUAUCAUUUAGAAUUAUAUACUGCACAACAUGGUAAACCACCUUCAGCUAAAAUAGCAGCUUCAUUAUUACAAGAAUUAACAUAUACAAAUAAAGAUGCAUUAACUGCAGGAUUAAUUGUUGCUGGUUAUGAUGAAAGAUCUAAUGGUGAAGUUUAUAGUAUACCCCUUGGUGGUUCAAUUCAUAAACAACCUUUUGCAAUUGCAGGUUCAGGUUCUUCAUAUAUUUAUGGUUGGACUGAUGAAAAUUAUAAAGAAGAUUUUACAAAAGAAGAAGCUGUUGAUUUUGUUAAAACUGCUUUAACUCAAGCUAUUCAAUGGGAUGGUAGUUCAGGUGGUGUUAUAAGACAAGUUAUCUUGACAAAAGAUGGUAUUGAACGUUUAGUUUUCUUUCCAGAUGAAUUUACAAAACCAAUUAAAGCUUAA